CUCCCUACCACCACCAUCUCUAUCACUUCGACUCGAGUUUUCGACUGCAACCCUCGAGAUAUAGCUGCAUAGAUAAAUCCUAUGGCCCGUACUAAGCAAACCGCCCGCAAGUCCACUGGAGGCAAGGCGCCUCGCAAGCAGCUCGCCACUAAGGCUGCCCGCAAGUCGAUGGCUGCUACGGCAGCCACCGGUGGUGUCAAGAAGCCCCAUCGUUUCCGUCCUGGAACCGUCGCUCUGCGUGAAAUCAGGCGUUACCAGAAGUCGACUGAGCUUCUCAUUCGCAAGCUGCCUUUCCAGAGGCUCGUUCGGGAGAUCGCUCAGGACUUCAAGACCGAUUUGCGGUUCCAGUCGUCUGCUGUCUUGGCGCUUCAAGAGGCUAGUGAAGCGUACCUCGUCUCCCUGUUCGAAGACACCAACUUGGCCGCUAUCCACGCCAAACGCGUGACCAUUCAACCUAAGGACCUGGCUCUUGCCCGGCGUCUUAGGGGGGAGCGCUCUUAAACGGGAGGCGCUCGGCGAGAUGAGACCAUAUGCAUGCCGAUUCCUUAUAUUAUGUCUCUCCACUCAUGUACGCUGUACCUGUAAUGUGUACUUUAACUGUACAUCUCGACCUAGUUCUUGAAUGCAUGUUUGCUUGGGAAUGAAAG